AUGGGCCGCCGAGCAAAGAACAAGCAGGCGCCGCCCGAAUCACUUGAUUCCAAAACAUGGACUUCCAAAAAACAGUUAGGAAAACGCAAGGCUGAUGCCGACAAUGAGGGUCAAGACGAUGGAAAGCCGAGUCCACGGCCUACGAAGAGGGUCAAGGAUCUGAAUGGAAAAGGAAAAGGAAAAGAGAAGGCCUCAACAAAGGAAAAGCCGCAGAAGACUAGCAAAAAGAAAAAGGCUCCCGAACAUGCUGAUGAAGAUGGCUCUGAAGGAUGGGAAGAUGUGGAAGACGACGAGGAAUUGCAGGCACAUUCGAGGCCCAUGUUCAACGAAAGUGAUGAAGAGGAACCUGGUGCAUUUGUUGGUGGACUCGAUGAUCUUGAAUCUGACGAGGGAGAAGAAAACGAUGAGUAUCUCGAGGGAGAAGCCCAAGAAUUUGACUUUGGGUCCGAUGAUGAAGAGGAAGAAGUUCAAGUUGCACCUACUAAAUCCAAAAAAUCGAAACAGGCAGAACGUCCUAAAAAGAUUAUCCCAACACAGUCAGACCAAUCUAGCUCAGAUUCCGACGAGGAGGAAGAAUAUGAGCGUGUAACCAUGAAGAAUAUGGCAGCGCGUUCACAGAAAUUGGAGGCGCGUGCUGUUGCCGAAGCCGAACUUGACAUAGCGGAAGCUCAAGCUGCUGCCGAGGAAGACGACGACGAUGUGGAUAUGGAUGCAGAGGAGGAUGCUAAUGGUGAUAUGAAUAUUGAGCCCUUCCGCCUGCCAACUGCAGAAGAACGCGAGAAGGAGAAAGCUAGCGGAGGCCCUGAUGUGCAUCUCGUUCAAAGACGCAUGAGGGAGUGCGUGCGUGUGCUUGCAAAGUUUAGUAAAAGAGCCGAGAAAGGACGAGCUCGUUCUGAGUACAUUGAUCAACUCGUCGCUGACAUCGCUAGCUACUACGGUUAUAACGAAUUCUUGGCUGAAAAGCUCUUCCUACUUUUCCCUGUCAAUGAGGCUAUCGAGUUUUUCGAGGCCAAUGAAGUACCACGCCCCGUAACAAUCAGAACAAAUACCCUCAAAACAAGACGGCGCGAUUUGGCGCAAGGUCUUGUUAACCGUGGUGUGAAUCUUGAGCCCAUCGGGAAAUGGACGAAUGUGGGCCUCCAAGUAUUUGAGAGUAACGUUCCAAUCGGUGCAACGCCUGAAUAUCUCGCCGGACAUUACAUGCUGCAAGCCGCUUCUUCUUUCCUUCCCGUCAUUGCCCUCUCACCUGAACCCAACGAACGAGUCCUUGAUAUGGCAUCUGCUCCUGGUGGAAAGACAACGCAUAUGGCUGCACUGAUGCAAAAUACUGGCGUCGUCUUUGCCAAUGACGCGAACAAGGCCAGAACGAAGAGUUUGACCGCCAACGUGCACCGCCUAGGUUGCAAGAAUGUGAUCGUUUGCUCAUAUGAUGGAAGAGAAUUCCCCAAGGUUAUGGGAGGAUUUGACCGAGUGUUGUUGGAUGCCCCCUGCAGUGGAACUGGUGUUAUCAGCAAAGACCCCAGCGUAAAAAUCAACAAGUCGGAACGCGACUUCACCCUCCUGUCCCACCUUCAAAAGCAGUUGAUCCUUUGUGCAAUCGAUAGUGUUAGCCCAGAGUCGAAAACUGGUGGAUACCUUGUUUAUUCGACCUGCUCAGUGACUGUGGAAGAGAACGAGGCCGUCGUCGACUAUGCCCUGCGCAAAAGACCUAAUGUGAAGCUCGUCGAUACUGGUCUGCAGUUUGGUCGCGAAGGUUUCACCUCUUAUAGGGGAAAGACGUUCAACCCCAGUGUACACCUCACCAGACGAUUCUACCCCCACGUGCACAAUAUGGAUGGUUUCUAUGUUGCCAAGUUCAAAGUCGAGAAGCGCUCGAAGACACUACCGAAGGCUGAUGCUGAGGAAUCGGAGCCUGUGAUAGUUGACGAUGCGUUCAAGGCAGAUGUGCCUGAGGAAACACCCAAGUUCCAAGGAUUUGAUGAAUCUGAGGAUGCUCCUUAUCUUGAAGAGGCAAAACGGAAGCGCAUGAAAGCGAAGGGUCUGCGCCCUCCUCCGCGCUCAAAGGCUGCAGCCAAAUUAGCGGAAGAAAAAGCGUAG